AUAAUAUCAAUCCUUAAACUCGUCAAAAAGCUAAUGCGAGAAGAUUUAAAGAUUAAUAAAAUUUGCCUCCAACUUGCAGAUGGGCGAUGGCUUCUGUACUAACGUACUCGUUUGGUUUGUCUUCACUGAAUCGAUCUGCAUUUGGUUGGCGGAAUGGUGAAGUUUCAGGGAAUAGGGCAUUCGGAACAAAUACCACUUGCUAUAUUGAGUUGAAAAAUGAUUGUUUCAGUAGAAGAAGGCUUGAAAAAAAAUACACUUCUUCUAAAUUUUCAACUCAAGCUUCUCAGAAGACAAAGAGUGCGUUGAUAUCCUCUUCUACAGAUCAAUCUCUGCCAGCUAUCGAGAAACAAGAUCGAUUUGAACGUGUUGUGAAUAUCACAACUGAUACAUUAGCUUUAAAAGCUUGCAGCUAUGAGAGACUAAAAUUUGAGGUUGAAUAUGGACUGAAACGAGGAACGACAGAUAAUUCUUAUAUCAUUAAAGGUCCAUCAGGAACAGCAUUGAUAGAUGUACCAGAUCAAGCUUUCACAGAUGAAUACAUCAGGACUCUCACGAACACAAAAGACAUUGCCUUGCUAAAAUAUGUUAUUAUUGGACACUUGAGUCCUAAGCGGAUAGACAGUUUGAUUGCUCUUGGCAAAUUACUAGAACAGAAACCUUCAUUUGCAUUGCCUCUGGAGCUCUAUUGCUCCAAUCCGGCUGCACAGUUGUUAUCAGUAUCCCUUCCCGAAAAGCAAAAAAAUGUAUUUUCUAUGAAAGUUGUACGAGUCGGUGAUGCCUUGGACUUGGGUGGAGGUCACAAGCUUCAGUUUAUCUUGACCCCAACACCAAGAUGGCCUGAUGGAAUGUGCACGUAUGACCCUGCAACACAGCUCAUAUUCACUCACAAGUUCUUCAGUGCACAUGUUUGCACAGACAAUGAUUUUGAUGUUGGGGGAUGGGAAGCAUACGGAGAGGAUUGGCGCUUCUUUUAUGAUUGCAUGCUUUCUCCCUUAGCACGACAGGCUGAUGCUGCAUUACAAAAAUUACCUAUUAUAGCACAAUUUUCUAAACCGAGCUACAAUGGGAAGAUGGGCAUUGACCUAGUGAAGGCAGAUGUGAAGUACAUCCUUUCUACGGUGCUAGGUUCACUUAAAUUACCACUCAGCACAUCAACUGCAAUCUCUGGUUCUCUCAAAGCUGAGGGUGUCUUUAUUACUGCAGCAAUUUGUCCUAUUCAUGGACCCAUCGUUCAGUAUACCCUCACUGAGCUUGUCCGUGAGUAUAAAGCUUGGACAAAACAAAGACUAAAGCAGACAGAUGAAGCAACAAUAGCUGUGAUUUAUGCAUCAGCUUAUGGAAAUACUGCAGCCCUUGCACAAGCCAUAAGCCGUGGAAUAUCAAAAGCAGGAAUUGGUGUGGAGACCUUGAAUUGUGAACACAGCACAACUGAGGAAGUUUCCAGCUUGGUCCAACAGUGUAAUGGUUUUGUUAUUGGAAGUCCUACUUUAGGAGGUCAUAUGCCGACUCCCAUACAGAAUGCUUUGGGAGUUAUCCUUAAUGACAACGAAGCAAGAACCAAACCAUGUGGCGUAUUUGGUUCCUUUGGCUGGAGUGGAGAAGCCGUUGAUGAAAUUGAGCAACGCCUCAAAGAUGGGGGUUUCUCAUUUUCUUUUCCCACCAUUCGUUGCAAAUUCAAACCAACAGAAGGAAUGCUACAAAUAUGUGAAGAAAGUGGGACAGACAUAGCACAGGCUGUACGAAAGUCAAAAUUGAAGCAAAGAAAGGAGACUUCUCAAUUUGUUAUGGCAUCCAAUGUUGAGCAGGCAGUUGGGAGAGUGGUUGGGUCGCUUUCCGUGGUGUCUGCAAAGAAUGGCGAUGCCGAAAGUGCAAUGCUUGCAUCAUGGGUCAGCCAAGCUACGUUUGUUCCCCCCGGCAUAACAUUAGCGGCAACAAAAGAUAGAGCAGUGGAAAGUUUAGUUUUGCCUGGAGGCAAGUUUGUAAUUAAUGUACUUGGUCAAGGCAAGAGUUCUGCUAUCAUGAAGCAACUUCUUAAACCAUAUAAACCGGGGGAACCUCGUUUUUCAGGGCUUCAAACAAAGGAAGCAAGCAAUGGAUGCAAAAUUCUCUUAGAUGCGAUAUCUUGGAUGGAAUGUACUGUGCAGAGUCGCAUGGAAGCUGGAGAUCAUUGGGUUCUGUAUGCAACUAUUGAUGAUGGUCAACUACAGGAUGAUAAGACACUUCCAGCUAUUCAUUAUCGAAAGACGGGGGCAAAUUACUAGGGAUUUUUCAUGCUCAAGGAUCCUCUAGCCUUGAUGUAUAACGUGGUGGUAAUAUGAAAUCAUUUUGAAUCAAAAUCUCAAGAACUAUGGAUUUAUCAUGUUCUUGGGUACCCAACAUAUUGUAAUAUAUUAAUGAUGGAAAAAUGUUGAAAUGGCGAAAGAUAAAUCCAACAGAAUUUUACAUGUAUUGAACCAGUUGAUAUAUUCACUGGUUAAUUUAUAUUGUAAUGUAUUUUUCUGUAUCAUUCGUCCUACAUAAUACAGGAAUACCUCAGAAUAGAUAAAUUCAAACUA